GAACAUAUCAUUACUAGCUGUGAGAAACCGAACCUCGUAAACCUGAAGCAGCAUGAGAAGCAAGUCUGGAAUGUUGGGGAGGAAUGGGAUGGGAGAAAAUCUGAGAGCGGUGGAUGCGGUUUGGAGAAUCAGCCGAGUGGCACUAAUGAUACUCUUCUUUUUGCCAUCCGACGGGCCAGCCGACGAUGAUGGAGUCGGUUCUGAUACUGAGGGUACAGGUACGUUUAUACCUGCGCUUCCCAGCUGUGCGCGGACGCGUGCAUUAUUGUCGUAGGGGCUCCAAGGGUUGGGACUUGCGCAAGGAGUUUCGGAGUGCGACAGCGACGAAGGGGAGGAUAGGGAUUGGUCCGAAUGCGCAGGAGACGACGGCGUGGGCGUAGUGGGGACAGAGGAUCCAGGGACAGGUGUGCUCGAUUGGCUACUACUGUUGGGAUUUGAACGCCAAUGCGUGACCUCCAUACGUGGCAGCU